AUGCUCGGAGCCAUCCUCCAGCGAAUCAACCCCGGCGCCCCUACCGCUGGGGAGGCUGCCCCCCCCAUUGCCCUCAGCCAGGCGGAUCAAGUCCGAAUAAUUGAGUAUCUCCCAGCUGUCAAGAACCCAAACGCGGUGAAUGCGUGGACCGUACUCGUAGUUGAGAAGGAUCACAACCUGUUCGGCUCUUCCCCCCUGUCGGCUGUGGCUGGUCUGCCGCUCAGUGCCCAAGGCCAAACGGCUGACGGAGCCCGAGUGGUCCUCCCGGCCUUUUGGCCGGCGCCGUGGGCGACCAUCCCCCAUUGUUGUGCACAAUGUUGCAGCAGCUGGCCCCAGAUGGCCAGCUCACCCGCGCCCUUGGCCCCGCCCUCUAUCGGGCUCGCCUACGUCCUACCCGACAGGAAUCAGCCAGGCAUCAGGCGCCCUGGCAAGCGUCGAUGGGAAGCCAAAUUGGUCAGCCCAGAGGCCGCCCAAAUGACACCCUAA